UACAGUCUGGGUUUUGCUGAUGAGACGUUGACAUCAACACAGACGCCCCGCUGGGUAUAUGAGUCAAGAGAGCAUUUUCAUGUUUUUCCAUCCACUGGACAUUUGGCGAGGUUGAGGACAAUUUAGGCUAUUGAACAACAGCAAACAUGAAACGUGGAAUUUACAAGACAAACAUCUGUCGCAGUAUCUGCUUGGAUUUGAAUGGACUUAUGAAGUAGCCUAAAGAACGGCUAUCUAAAAAAGAACAAAUAGCGUGCAUUUGAUAGCCUACUUCUGGAUUGGAAACAUGAACGAUACACGUAAUUCCUCUACACAUACGUUGCCUGACAAGACAGCAGAAGCGAUGGCUGUACCCGUAUUAAUGUUUGCAGUUGGUGUCAUUGGAAAUAUAAUAGCAAUAGCCGCUCUUUCUGGAUCUAAGCAGGAGCGCAAAUCCUCCGCGUUCUUCGCCCUAGUUUGUGGUUUGGCUGUUACGGAUCUGCUUGGGACUUGUUUGGCCAGCCCAAUCACUAUAGCAACUUACCUCAAUGAAAAUGUGUUAUAUGAUAAUACUGACCUUUGUGAAUUCCAUUCCUUUUUGUUGCUGUUCUUCGGAGUGGCUGGGCUAAGUAUUAUAUGCGCAAUGUCUGCUGAGCGCUACCUCGCGAUAUGCUGCCCUUACACUUACCAAAGAUGGGGAAUUGACCAACAUUUUGCACGCAAGUGCUUGUUUUGCAUUUAUCUCAGCAACAUUGCAUUUUGUUGUCUCCCAGUGAUGGGCAUGGCUGGAAGCAUUUGUCAGCCCUCCAAAACGUGGUGCUUCAUCAACUGGAGGGCUGUUAAGACACUGCCUGCAACAUAUUCGUUUUUAUAUGCCAGUGUGAGUUUUUUACUGAUAUUGAUGACGAUAGUACUCAACUUUGCCGUUUGUGGCACUCUGUUGAUAAUGCGUCGCAGGAAAAUACAAAGUCCAGUUACAAGAGGGAGCACACGGGCGCGCUGGAAAGCGCUUUCCUCCGGUGUGGAAGCGCAAAUGAUGACGGUGCUCAUGGUGACCUCCGUGGUUGUUUUAGGUUGCUCAGCGCCGCUGGUGGUACGCGUAUUUUCUAACCAGAUAACAUGGGCAGAGAAUUCACAUGCAGAUUUGAUGGCUAUUCGGAUCGCCUCGAUCAACGCCAUCCUUGACCCUUGGAUCUACAUCCUCCUGAGAAGGACUUUGUUCCGUAAGAUUCAGAGAUUCUCUAAAGUGUUUUACAGUAGUCGCAAAGGCAAAGCACCCAUGUUGCCAGUAAAAUCAUCACAAAGGACUUUCCACUACCAAGGAGACAUUACAAACACCCAUGUAUUCACACCUCUGUGAAGCGCCUUGCAUAAAAAACAUAAUUCACCUGCCCGCCACAGUCGCCCAGUGCGCCCACGUCACCCAGGGGGACAAAGCUUGCCAAUACUCCCCACAAGUUGUCCGAUAUCCAGUUUCACAAUGUGUUCUGUCGAUAUAAUUGAUGAUGGGUGGCAAUUCACCUGUUUUAAAUAUAUAACUUUAAAAAACAGUAGAUUAAUUAAACAAAUGAACCAUGUAACAGUUCAAUUAUAGAUAGUACUAUGGGCUCAAGCAUUUGGCUUGGCUCAAUCACAGCAUGUAUAAGUAUUACACAAACAAUAAAUAUGACAUUGUGAAGUUAAAGAGAUCAGUUGUAUAAACACCAGGUGUGUUUAGUGCUGCUAACCAAUUCAGACUUUUUAAGUUCAUUGGUAAUAUCAAUGAGCAAAGAGUGGGUCUACAGAAUGAUCAGGUUUUGAGCCUGUCUAGUGUUGGCCUGAGAUGACCCCUUGUUUUUCCCCAUUGUGGCCACAGAGAGGUUGUUCAUUACUUGGGUAAAGGUCCAAUGCAGCCGUUUUUAUCUCAAUAUCAAAUAAUUUCCGGAUAACAAUUAAGUACCUUACUGUGAUUGUUUUUAAUUAAAAUGGUCAAAAAUUAACAAAAAUAACUUCUUAGCAAAGAGCAGUUCUUCAAGCAAGAAUUUUGCUAGGACUCUCUGGGAUUGGUCUGAGCGGGGAGGCUCAAACGGAAAACUAGCUAUUGGCAGAAAGGUUUCGAACUCUCUUUCUUAUUGGUCUAUUUGGUGAUGUCACCAGGCAGACCAAAAUUGCAUCCCACCCAAACAGGCAGAAAUGUCAGGCAGCCUUUUCAAACAGCUCUUACACUAAAAGGACAUUAACAUAAUUUUCACAAUUUUACAGUAUUAUUCCAACCUUAUAGUGUGGAAAUAUGUAUAAAACACAAAAAAUCUAGUUUUUGUUUGCACUAACCAAGACCCUUGUUGAUAGAUUCACUGUGUCAUCAUCCUUAGCGGUGAUGGCAGAAAGCGGAUUUUGCCAGUUCAGGGAUACUUCUGUUUCCCCUGAAAAACGGAAGUGGGGACUUCACUUAAAUAGGGUUUUGACCAGAGGUGGCGCCUCCUCUUCACAACGAAUCACGCCAAUACUUUUAUUUUCUUGAAACUUGCAUAAAGUAGAGCAGAGCUCAACUUUUUCUACCGCUCUGCUAGCAGCGUUCUCGCCACUCACUUUCCCACAAUCUCCCACACAUUUCUCUGUGUUCCCUCAUUGAAAAUGAAAAGGGGGAAGAACUUCUCCUGACGAAUUCGUUGUUGGUGAAAACCCACUGUCAGGCGUCAUUCUGUCCCUGUUACGUUAGGUUACUGUGCCAUAGACCCUUGAGGGGCUAAUGGAUCAAGCUCAAAGGCAGUUAAUGCACAAGAUGUAGUUUAAUCUCCCGGAUCUACUCUAUACCCUGAAGGGGCAACAAACGCAAAGUAACAGACAUUUCACAUCAGACACUUUGAUGUCUCUUCUGCAGAGUUGUAAACAACCUCAGAGGAGCAGGAUGUGUCCAAGUGUUUCUCUCAAAACUUUGGACUGAAUUCUAAACACUGUCCAGCAACUGUACUUGCGACUGCAGUUACUCUCAAAAACAGGCAUUGAACUUUGUCAUGGAGGUCAUGGGAGAGAGAGGGACUCAUCCCCAGGGAGAUGAUUAGUUCCCCUAGGUUGUGUUCCUAUUUUCUACCCUUCACCCAGAAGUGUGCACUUGUUCACUUCCACUCAUGCAUUUAAAAGUAUUGGAUUGGUGAAAGCGGCUGGAGGGACUUUCCACCCGUUCCUUUUAAAGGAAUGUACCGGUACAAAUCAAAUCAAAGUUUAUUGGUCACGUACAUACACAGUUUAGCAGAUGUUAUAGCAGUUGCAGCGAAAUGCUUGUGUUACUAGCUCCUAACAAUGCAGUAAAAUGUCAAACAAGUAUCAAAUAAUUAAAAUAUUUGUAAAAAAGUACAGCAAAAAAAAAAACGUAGGUAAGAAUCAAAUUAAUAACCCAAAUAGCACUGUAACAGUAAUCAAAAUGCAAUCUAUACGUAUGUACCAUAGACAUUAAAAUCAGAUUUGUCCACCAGAAGAAUUUACACAAUAUAUACUAAGAAUGAUAUGUACAGCAGUAUAUAUAUAUAUUAGAGUGAGCUAUGUCAAGAAUCCAGUAUAUAAAUAAAUAUGCAGUAUGUAUAAACAGUGUAACCAAAUACAAAGUACAGUAGUAGAAGUAUUAGAAUGAGCUAUGCCAGGGAUAUACAUGAUGAUAGCGGUUCAACAAUCCGAUGGCCUGGUAAUAGAAGCAGUUUUUUUUUGUCUCUGGGUCUUGGCACUGAUGCACCUGUACUGAUUCCGUCUGCUAGACGGUUGCCGAGUAAACAGUCCAUGGCUCAGGUGACUAAGAUCCUUAAUGAUCUUCUUGGCCUUCCUUUGACUCCGAGCGCUGUAAAUGUCCUGGAGUGCAGGCCACCGGUGAUGCGUUGGGCUGACUACAACACCCUCUGAAGAGCUAUGUGGUUGAGGGCAGUGCAGUUGCCAGACCAGGAAGUGAUGUGGCCCGACAGAAUGUUCUCAGUGGCGCAUCUGUAGAAAUUCCUUCCAUAAUCUCAUCAGCCGCCUGAGGUUGUAGAGGCACUGUUGCGCCUUCUUCACCCCGGUGUUGAUGUGGUGAGACCAUUUCAGGGCGGCUACCCUCACCAACAGUGGUCGGCCAGUCAGUCACACAGGGAGGAGAUUAGACCUGAGGCCCUGAGCUUAGUGACGAGGAUAUGGUCCUUGACUAGCCUCUCAAAGCACUUCAUGAUGACAGAUAGUAAUUUAGUUCAGUUUGCUUGGGUACAGGAACAAUGGUGGGCAUCUAGAAGCAAGUUGGAUGACAGAUUGGGAUAUUGAGAGGUUGAAAAUGUUCGUAAACACUCCAGCCAGCUGGUCUGCGCAUGCUCAGAGAACGCGGCUUCGGAUGCCAUCUGGGCUGGUAGCCUUGCGAGGGUUAACAUGUUUGAAGGUCCUACUCACGUUGACUACAGAGAAUGGGAGCCCAGUCUUCAUGAGCAGCGGGGGCCCAUGUCAUCGACUCUGUGUUGUUUUCCUCAAAGCAGACGAAAAAUGUGUAUACUUUGUGAGAAGGUUAAAGAGAUGAACAGCCCAUACGAAAAAGUAAUAUAUGGCAAUACUUAUCUAAUCAAGAUAUUUGUUUAUUUUUCACGUUUUUUUUUACAAACGUUGUAGAUCGUUGACAAAAAAAUGACAAUUAAAUCCAUUUUAAUCCCACUUUGUAACACGAUAAAAUGUGGAAAAAGUCAAGGGGUAUGAAUACUUUCUGAAGACACUGUAUAUGUCCCUUAUGUCACACUACCUGCAAUAUUUCAGUGAUACUUGUAGUCAUGGUAAUAAAACAUUAGAACAAACAACACAAAACAAUAAAAACUUAAUUUCAUCCUAUUCAUUAAAUGUUUUUCUCUCAUUACCUCUUAAAUCAGCCAUUUUAUUGUUGUAAGCCGUUCCCACUUGUCCCUUUGUUACACCCGGGAAGCACUCUUGCCAGCAUCUGUGGGUGGAAGCAACAAAUAGAAGAUACAGAGCACAUAGAACAGUUAGGGGUUGGGUUUGGGCUCAUAAAUUAAGAGAUACUGUAUAUAUAUUUUUUUUUAAUUGAAAAACUAUUAUGUGAAAAGCUUAUCAGAUUCAGUUUAAUAAGUAAUCCUUGACCAUUAAUGCACUAUUUGCAAUGACCGAUUUAUACAUUCAAUUAAGGGAUUAACUUUUUUACGCCUUAUAGCCAGUCAUAUGGCUCCUUACCCUGAAAGUAGAAACUGUAAUCCAUGGUUAGAGUUGUUAACCUGAGAGGAGGAUGCACAUUUGUGGCCUGCUGGAGGUCAUUUUGCAGGGCGCUGGCAGUGCACCUCCUUGCACAAAGGCGGAGGUAGCGGUCCUGCUGGUGGGUUGUUGCCCUCCUACGGCCUCCUCCACGUCUCCUGAUGUACUGGCCUGUCUCGUGGUAGCGCCUGCAUGCUCUGGACACUACGUUGACAGACACAGCAAACCUUUUUGCCACAGUUCGCAUUGAUGUGCCAUCCUGGAUGAACUGCACUACCUGAGCCACUUGUGUGGGUUGUAGACUCCGUCUCAUGCUACCACUAGAGUGAGAGCACCGCCAGCAUUCAAAAGUGACCAAAACAUCAGCCAGGAAGCAUAGGAACUGAGAAGUGGUCUGUGGUCACCAUCUGCAGAAUCACUCCUGUUUUGGGGGGUGUCUUGCUAAUUGCCUAUAAUUUCCACCUUUUGUCUAUUCCAUUUGCACAACAGCAUGUGAAAUUUAUUGUCAAUCAGUGUUGCUUCCUAAGUGGACAGUUUGAUUUCACAGAAGUGUGAUUGACUUGGAGUUACAUUGUGUUGUUUAAGUGUUCCCUUUAUUUUUUUGAGCAGUGUACUUUAAAGUACUACUUAAGUAGUUGUUGUGGUAUCUGUAUUUUGCUUUACUAUUUAUAUUUUUUGCCAAUUUUUACUUUACUACAUUCCUAAAGAAAAUAAUGUAUUUUUUACUCCAUACAUUUUCCCUGACUCCCAAAAGUACCUGUUACAUUUUGAAUGCUUAGCAGGACAGGAAAAUGGUCCAUUCACACACUUAUCAAGAGAAUAUCCCUGGUCAUCCCUACUGCCUCUGAUCUGGUGGACUCACUAAACACACAUGCUUCAUUUGUAAAUUAUGUUUGAGUUUUGGAGUGUGCCCCUGGCUAU